CCGGGGAAGGCGAGAGCCUAGCGGCGGGAUCGGGCGGGGACGGAGCCCCCUCCCCCCGCGGCAUGGCGUGUCCUCCUCCUCCUCCUCCUCCUCCUCCUCGCAACCUGGGACAGAGACCCUUUAAGAGGUGGGGGCAGCGCCUGGAAGGCUUGGCCAGGGGAUGAUUUCAGGAGCGGGCCGCUAGGACAGCCGCCUUAGACGCCCUAAGAAGAAGAGCGCACUUCGAUCCGGGGGGGAAACACGGACCACCAAAGCCCACCGCCCAACUGUUAGUACUUUGGCCGAGUGAAUGAGAUUUCCACCCCCUCUUCCUUCUCCUCCGUGUCUCUCCCCCCACCCAUCCGUGCCCCGGGCGUGGAGCAAAGUAGGAUGGUGGUGCACAACGCUGAGCUUCGCCUGCCGCUGACUUGCCUCCUGCUACUGCUGGCUGGAGCGAAGCAGAGCCGGGAUCCUGCUGCUGCUACCGGCUGCGAGCUCCGCAGAAAACAAAGUGAGCUGAACUCCUUCCUGUGGACUAUAAAGAGAGACCCGCCAUCUUACUUUUUUGGUACCAUUCAUGUCCCGUAUACCCGAGUCUGGGAUUAUGUCCCUGAGAAUUCUAAGAAAGCCUUCCAGGAGAGCCAUAUUGUCUACUUCGAGCUGGACCUCACAGAUCCCUACACAAUCUCUGCUUUAACCAGUUGCCAGCUCCUGCCGCAGGGUGAGAACCUUCAGGAUGUGCUCCCCAGAGACAUCUACCGCCGUCUCAAGCGCCAUUUGGAGUAUGUCAAGCUCAUGAUGCCUUCCUGGAUGACUCCGGAUCAACGAGGCAAAGGGCUGUAUGCUGACUAUCUCUUCAAUGCUAUUGCAGGCAACUGGGAGAGGAAAAGGCCUGUUUGGGUCAUGCUAAUGGUGAAUUCUCUGACUGAGGUGGACAUCAAGUCACGUGGUGUGCCUGUCUUGGAUCUGUAUCUGGCACAGGAGGCUGAACGCCUCCAAAAGCAGACCGGGGCUGUGGAAAAAGUGGAGGAACAGUGCCAUCCAUUGAAUGGUCUCAAUUUUUCUCAGGUGAUCUUUGCUUUGAAUCAGACUCUUUUGCAGCAGGAGAAUCUUCGAGCAGGCAGCUUACAGAUUCCUUACACAACAGAGGACCUUAUCAAGCAUUACAACUGUGGAGACCUCAACACCAUCAUCUUCAAUCAUGAUACUUCUCAAGUCCCAAAUUUCAUCAAUGCCACCUUGCCACCUCACGAGCGCAUCACGGCUCAGGAGAUUGAUAACUACUUUCGCCGUGAGCUUAUCUACAAGCGGAAUGAGCGGAUGGGCAAGCGAGUGAAAGAUUUACUGGAAGAGUAUCCAGAUAAAAGCUUCUUCUUUGCAUUUGGAGCUGGUCAUUUCAUGGGCAACAAUACAGUGAUAGAUGUUUUGAGGAGAGAAGGAUAUGAAGUAGACCAUACAUCUGCUGGACAAGCAAUCAGUGGGAAAAAUCAGAAGAUGUUGUCUGCUCUCUCCUCAACAUCCCCAGAAUAUGCCUCUUACGUUAUCUCCCAAGAGCUCCAACAACAGGCACCGAAGGAGGAAGACGAGGAGGAAGAGCUGCUGCCCCACGCGUUACUGCCAGAAAGCAUGGACCUGCUAGAGAAAGUAGAGAAGAAAUACAAGAAGAAGAAGAAGAAGAAACAGCAGAAGAAACAGCGUUUACGUCAGUUCAAUGACCUUUGGGUACGCAUCGAAGAAAG